UGUUGACAGCGCACGUGCCGCCUUCCCGUGCGGCCUCGCUGUCCCGAGCUGCCCGUCGCCGUGCCAGGGCGCGGUGCACGGCGGCGCGCUAUGCGCAGGCAGCGGCUGGCGCCAUCGUCGCCCUGCUGCAGCCACGGGGCCCAGACACGCCAGCUGUGGACAGGGCUCCACGCAUGGGCGCGCUGGAGACGCUCACCAGCCUCUCCGCGGCCGCAAGGGCCAACUUGGCUGCGCAACGGAUCCGCACCGCCGCCACGGUGCGCACGACCAUCGCCGUGAAGUGCGUGACGGAGUCCGUGAUGUCUUUCCUCUUGGAGGUGCAGCUGAUGAUUCUCAGGCCGUUCAUCGAUGCGACGAAGUGUGCCCAUAAUAUGGUCGUGGUGCUCGUGUCGACGCCGUUCAUGGACCUCCUGAUGGCGCUCCUCCUCGCCCAGUUAUUGGGCCGCGUGGGCGAGUUUUUGGCCCGCGACCUUGGCAUGGCGUUCCUCGGCCACUCCCUGGACCUCCUGGGCGCGUCUUCAAGGUUGGGCCUCAAUACAUUGUUCGAGAUGCCGUCCCUCGUCGAGUCCCUGGGCCUCGCGGGCGUCUCUUUCGUGCUCGGCCGUGGAAUGGUGCUCUUCGCCCGCUCGUCGGACCUCGAGGGCGCGUAUUCAAGGCUGGGCCAAUUGGCGCGAGAGGGUCUCAAGGUACUCAGCGGCGGUGCUGCCUCCCACGUCGAGGCCUAUAGAACCGCUCUCGCUCAUGGUGCGGCGGCAGAGACCACAAGCGGCGACGACCUCUUCAGUGACAUGGCGUACAAGUGG